UAUUCUGUGGCUAAAACCAUUUUUAUAGCGCAAUGUUUUCUUUUUGAGUGUUUGGACGGAGGUGAACCCGCGAAAAUAGAUGAUUUUGUCCACGCUGUUGGCUGUCUCUUCCCUCUGCAGACCGCUCUCGACGCUCCAUGUUUCGAAUGGCCACAGCGACAUCCGAAUACCCCGAGAAACAGAAAGGAACAACCAUGCCAGAAAUGUCUAAUCGGGAAUAUCAACGACUUCUCUUGGGAGAGCAACGUUUGGCUGAACAAUUUUCCCCGAAGAAAAAGUGAAACUCUGGAAAAAUGAGCGUGAUUGACAUUCUCUUCCGCGUCGACGAGAUAUGCAAGAAGUACGAAAAGUAUGAUAUUGAAAAGCAGCGCGAGCUCAACGCCUACGGAGACGAUGCCUUCGCUCGCCUCUACGCCUUCGUCGAAUCUGAAAUUAAAGCGGCUCUUCAGAAAUCCGAGAUGGCUUCAACGGAGAACAACAGAGCAUCUGCAGCUGCGUUAAACGCCGAGGUUCGUCGUACCAAGGCUCGAUUAAUGGACGAAGUUCCAAAGCUGCGGAAAUUGGCUCUAAAGAAGGUUAAAGGGCUUUCAAAAGAAGAUCUAGCCACACGUGAUGAUCUAGUUCUUGCACUACCUGAGAGGAUUCAAGCAAUUUCUGAUGGAAUCACAACUGCAGCAAAGCGCACAGGAGGAUGGACAGCUUCAUCAUCCCAUAAGAAUAUCACGUUUGACUCAUCAGAUGGAAAUUUUGACAAUGAUUUUUUUCAUCAAACUGAAGAAUCAAAUCAAUUUAGACAAGAAUAUGAAAUGCGGAAAAUGAAACAGGACCAAGGUCUUGAUAUCAUAUCAGAAGGAUUGGAUACGCUAAAAAAUUUGGCUCAAGAUAUGAAUGAGGAAUUGGACAGGCAAGUUCCAUUAAUUGAUGAGAUUGACACAAAGGCUGACAGGGUGACAUCUGAAAUAAGAAAUACUAAUGUUAGGCUCAAGAAAACUCUGACCCAGUUGAGGUCCAGUCGAAACUUCUUAAUUGACAUUGUUCUGCUGUGCAUAAUACUUGGUAUCGCUUCCUACUUAUACAAUAUCUUGCGCUGAACUCAUUUCAAGGCUUCUUCUGCAGCUUAUCAGAUCAUAAAGCUGUCUGGUACUGCAUCUUUCAUUAUUUGAGCGCCUUCAGGGGACCCAAAAAAGAGUAAAAAUAAGAGAGCCUAGGUGAAUCUUUUGAAGAUCAUCUGCUGUUCUUUUCUUUAAUUUGUACUGCCUUUAAAGACUGAUCUAGAUUCUGCUCACUAAGGAUGACUAUUUAUUAAGUUUUAGCUCACCAGAGUUUCAAGUGUAUAGAUAAUGCCUAUUUUUCAAGUUAUUGUUCCUUUUCUUCUUCCGCUGAA